CAUGGCCCCGCCCCCCGGUGACACGGCUGGCGCGGGCGGGCCCGUCCCCCCUGCCCCUGGGUCGCUCUUUUUAAGCUCCCCAGAGCCGGGGCUGCGCUCCUCUAAUUGGGACUCCGAGCCGGGGCUAUUUCUGGUGCUGGCGCGGCUCCAAGAAGGCAUCCGCAUUUGCUCCCAGCGGCGGCGGCGGCGGCGCCAGGCCGGUCCUCCUCAGCGCCCAGCACCGUCGCUCCCGGCAGCCCCGAGCGCGCACCGCAGGCCGGCGGCCGAGCUCGCGCAUCCCAGCCAUCGCUCCUCCGCCUGCCCUGUAGAGAAGGGAAGAUGAGCGAGUCGAGCUCGAAGGCCAGCCAGCCCUUGGCCUCCAAGCAGGAAAAGGACGGCACGGAGAAGCGAGGCCGGGGCAGGCCGCGCAAGCAGCCUCCGGUGAGUCCUGGCACUGCGCUGGUAGGGAGCCAGAAGGAGCCUAGUGAAGUGCCAACACCCAAGAGACCUCGGGGCCGACCAAAGGGGAGCAAAAACAAGGGUGCUGCCAAGACCCGGAAAACCACCACAGCUCCAGGAAGGAAGCCAAGGGGCCGACCCAAAAAACUGGUAGAAGGAGGAAGAGGAGGGCAUCUCGCAGGAGUCCUCUGAGGAGGAGCAGUGACCGCGCCGUGCCGCCUGCUCCAUCCGUCAUCCAAGGAGCAGCUUUCCUCUGGGACUGGACAGCUUCGCUCCGCUCCCACUGCCCCCACCCCAGUUCCCCAGGCCCCUGGAACCCCCACCUGCUCCCUCGCCACUGCACACUACACAGCACACCAACCGCUGUAAGGUCCUCGGUCCUGUGGGGAGCAGCUUCCUGCUGGCCUCUGCUCCCAGCAACCCCUCCCAUGUACACACACUUGCCCUCCUGGACAAGGCUAAUUCCCACUUAGCCGCACCCUGCACCUGCUGUGUCCCGCUCCCUUGCUGGUGGGAACACUGCUCUGUGGGCCCAUUCUCUGCUCCACUAUUCCUUCUGGCUUUCUGAAGAGGGCCCUGGGAGGGCUCCCCUGGCCUUAAGGGGCCUUGGCCCCAUCUCAUUCUGACAUGCACCACUCCAUUGCCCUAGCAGUAGCAGGUGUGGUCAGUGGAGGAGGAUGCCUAGCCCACCAAGAGCGCCCCCUACAACCUGUCACCAAGUGGGGAUCCCGUGCAUUUUUCUUUCUCACCUCACCCAGGUCCCACACUAGGUUGGGUAGCCCUCCAGGGUGUAGGAGGGCAGGCGGGUGCCGGAGCUGCCAGCCCACCCUGCCUUCACUCUGGGAGAAGGGCUGUCUGGUCCACGUGAGGCCCAUGUUCCCUGUGGCAGCCCCCUUCCCUGUCCCGCUUCUGCUGUAGGCCUGUUCCCCACUCCUCACACGGGGCACUAACAACAAGGAGCUAGCCCUGCCCACUCCCAUCUUCCUGCUCCUCCCCAGCCCCCAAGGUUCUGGUUCCAUCUCUCCUCUGUUCACAAACUACCUCUGGACAGUUGUUUUUGUUCUGUGUAUUGUUCUUAGACAUCCAUCACCACCACUGCUGUCAGCGCCCAACACUCAUCCUCAUUGCCUCCCUCUGUUCUGCCCACAUCCCCUCCCCCAGAACCAGGGGGCUGGGGCGCAGCAGGCUGGGUUACUGACACCCAGUCCCAGGGAAGGUGGGGCCUUGCCCCUAGGGUGCUGCAGCAGAGUGAGGGGGGCCCGUGUUGAUCCUGAAGGGUGUAGGGGCCACCUUCUUCCCCUGUUCUGUCGGGGAGGGGUGGCCAUUUUAUGGCCCAGCCUGGGGCUCCCCGUUUGUUUUCCUAUUUGCAGUUACUUGAAUAAAAAAAAUCCUUUUCUGGAAA